AUGUUCAUCGAAAUAUGUCCGUUGCCCCAUCUACUAACUCACUUCCGAUUCUUCAUCACCUUGCGUUCCAUCGAGGGGAAAUACCACUCGCUGAUCUUAUUUCGCCUUACGCCUACCAGUGAUGACAAUGUGCAGGCUAACAACCACAUCUAUGUGAUGGAAUCUACAUGUCCCCAUCUCGGCGCAGAGAUGUCUCACGCGGAAAUCGAGGAAUGCGAAACAAGCGUCGUAGCGGUUUGUCCGUGGCAUGGAUAUGAUUUCGAUCUCAAGACAGGCAAAAGCGAGACUGGAUUACAGACAUGUACAUACGACGUGGAGGUGCGCGGCGAUGCGGUUUGGGUAGAGACGCCUACAGAUGGAAGUGAAUGGAGGCUCGUUGAGCUACGCCAUGUUUCUGAAGACUUCGCAGACCCCCCUCCCGCACAUAGCGAAACUACGCUACCCGAACAGCAAACGACUUCGAACCCUGACGAACCUGUGGUCCCGCUCGACAACCCCCCAAGGACUCUCAUGGAGUGGGCGGUAUUGAUCCUCAACACACCGCAUCCCGCAUUGAAAGUCGAGCGCACGAGAGAAGCGGUGCAUCUGUUCCGUACAGGGAAGCUGACGUCCAUAGGAAACAAAUCCAAGAAUGCGCCUAAGCCUCCUGACGUCCCUCUUCGAGACGAGAAUUUCUUGAAGCAGACGGUUGACCCCGCCAAGGUGAAAAGUAGGAAGAAUAGGGCCGUCAUGCUUCAUGCUCUAGCGAAUAUCGAGCAGUGGGCCUGGGACAUCAUGGCACGAUUCGGUUCAAAGCACCCCAACCUCCCUCCCGCUUUCUUCUCCGAUUUCACCAAGAUGGCUCUCGACGAAUCCAAGCACUUCAGUCUCCUCACGUCGCGGUUGUCAGCCAUGUCGCCGAGCACGCCUUACGGAAGCAUGCCCGUCCACGCCUCGCUCUGGGAAUCCGCGUCAAUCACGUCAAAUUCCCUGCGCUCCCGCCUAGCCAUCAUCCACCUCGUCCACGAAGCGCGUGGGCUUGACGUCAACCCCGCCACGAUUGAACGUUUCAGACGGGCAGGUGAUGCAGAGAGUGUGAAAGUGAUGGAGGUGAUCCAUGCUGACGAAGUGACACAUGUUACUUCGGGACAUAGGUGGUUUACGUGGGCUUGUGAGCAGGAGGGAGGCAUAGAUCCGGUAGAGGCGUUCCGGGACGAAGUGAAGAGGGGAUGGAGGGGAGAUCUGAAGGGGCCUUUUAACAAAGAAGAUAGAGAAAGAGCGGGGUUGAAGCCCGAGUUCUACGAAAACCUGAAGGGAGAGUUGGGUUAUGAAGAUCCCAAGGAGAAGGCUGUGCCUGCUAAAAUCGUAGUAGGGUAUGGUAUGUAA